AAUAUAAACGCCCCCGUUGGUAGCCUCCGGAUUUUGUAUGGACCGUAGUAUCAACUCAACUUUAACGGUAUUCGGCUUUACUAUCAAAAAAGCAAAGGAGCACCAUGUCCAAGGAGCACUGGAUGCGGGAUCUGCCAAGUGAAUUGCGCGACCUGUCCCUCAUCAAUCUAGCCAUUCCAGGUUCCCACAAUUCAAUGUCAUAUGGCAUAAAUAGCAAGUCCAAACUAUCGCCUGACGCGGAAAAGGCCAUACGGCAAUGGCAUCGCUUCUUUCCCUGCUUCGUACGCCGUUGGAGCAAAACCCAGAGCUCCGGGACAUUGGAACAACUGCAGUUGGGUGUGCGCUACUUUGAUCUGAGGAUAGCCCAGAGGGAUGAUAAGUUCUACUACUGUCAUGGCCUCUUUGCAAUGGAGAUUUUCGAGCCACUAUUGGAGAUUCGGCAGUUUGUGGACUCCCAUCCCGAGGAGUUGGUCAUUCUCGACCUGCAGCACUUCUACGCCCUGACAGUGGCUCAUCACCAGCAGCUGCACAAGGAUCUAAUCCAGUUCUUCGGACAUCGUCUGUACUCCACCGUCGAUGGUUCCCUCAAGGAUUGUACUCUGAAUAGAUGUGCGGAGAUGCAACGCAGCCUGGUGAUAAUCUAUAGGCGGUGUCCCAUUCCCUUACCAUUAAGGUUUUGGCCCAGCUAUACUUGGCCCACACCAUGGCCUAACAAAGCGAGUGUCAAGAAGCUGCGGUCCUUUCUGGAAGACUCCCUACUGUCGCGACAACCCCAGCAGGGUUAUGUCUCCCAGUGCCUCAUCACGCCCACAGGCCGCUACAUUGCUUUCCGGCUCUUCUUCACCCUGAAAAGUACAGCCAAGCGGGUAGACAAGAAGUUGCAGCCAUGGAUUCAGGAGCAGAUUCCGGGUCCCUUUGAGCCAAAAGAUGAUCCUACAGUGAAUGUCUUCCUUGCCGAUUUCGUCAACCUCAAGGACGGGCAGUUCUGCAAUUGGGUAGUGGAGCUAAACACAAAGAUACAGGAGAGGGUGGCCGAGAAUCAGGAACAGGAUUCCUCUUGAAAGAUGUUCUGCUACCUUGUGCCAGAUAUGUAUUGGAAGUCAAAUAGUUGAUAUAGGGUUGUGGCACUUUUUAUAUUUUUAUACACCAAUAUUUAGAUUCUAUUACAACGUAAAGUAUUCAUAUUUA